AUGAGCUCUUACUUUGUAAACUCCUUCGGGCGCUACCCGAAUGGCUCCGACUAUCAGCUGCUGAAUUAUGGGACUAACGGCGCAGUGAGCGGCUCCUUCAGAGACCCUGGCACCAUGCACUCCGGGGCGUUCGGCUACAACUACAAUGGCAUGGACCUGACCGUCAACCGCGGCGGCGGAAGCGCGGGUGGAGGAGGAGGCGGAGGAGGCGGCGGAGGUGGCGGUGGAAACGGACACUUCGCUGUGGAGGACGCGCGCGGGUUCGGCCAGGACCCGGCGCGCUACCGCCAGACGCCCGGAUGCUCGGAAGCGGCGUCGCACGAACCGCUGGACGUGAAGAGCGCGUCGCCGCCGCCGUGCGAGCGGAGCGCCACCUCCGACAAAAGCGGCGGAUUCACGGAGAUCGACGACGCCGCCGCCGCCGCCGCCGCCGCCACCGCGUCCGUCACCCCGGACGCGGCGCGCCAGGAGCCCGGCCUCGCCACCUCCUCCGCGGCCACCGACUGCCACACGCCGCAGAUCUUCCCCUGGAUGAGGAAGCUCCACAUCAGCCACGACAUGACCGGCCCGGACGGCAAGCGCGCCCGGACCGCCUACCGCUACCAGACCCUGGAGCUGGAGAAGGAGUUCCACUUCAACCGCUACCUGACCCGCCGGCGGCGGAUAGAGAUCGCGCACGCCCUGUGUCUUUCCGAGAGACAGAUCAAGAUCUGGUUCCAGAACCGCCGGAUGAAGUGGAAGAAGGACAAUAAGCUGAAGAGCAUGAGCCUGGUGAGCGGGGCCAGCGCCUUCCACAACUGAGCCCCGAUAAUU